AUGCCAGAGAAGAAGACCCUCGAUGGAGAGAAGUUGGGUUUCAGUGUUUAUCGUUUCGGAUUCUUUAUCUUAAUCUGCCUCCUCAUGCGGCCUUUCCUUGUCUCCUCCGCUGUAUGGCGUUGGCGAUAUCGUUGUGCGAGUGCAGACCCUCGGCGGGAUUUCCGAGGAGGCGGGCUGUUGGCCCUUGAAAAUCUCUGUUUCUUCCGUCGACGUUAUCCAAUCCAGUUCGAAGCCUUCUCGCGAAAGAGCUAUGAAGCGGGCUUCCCAAUGGCGGCUGCUUUCAUCAAUGUGACGCAUAUGCUAGCAGCGUAUCUCCGCCUAACAACACCGUCAGGUUUGGGGGGUGGCGAGCUGCAAGCCCCCCGUCGUGCGCUGCGCAACUUUCUUCGUCUUUGUCUGAGCGCUGCUGCGGCUGAGGAAGAGACAGAAGAAAAUUUCCUUCCAGAGACCACUGCUCUGAGGACACCCGGCCCACUGCCCAGUAGGUCUACUGAGGUCCUGCGCCCUCCCUCCUGCUCAUCUUUGCCGCCCGGGCGGCGUUUGCGGCGUAGAGCUUCGGACUCAAAACAACAUGCGGCACCUGCCGAAGUGGGGCGAGUGACGGAGAAGCGUGCAUUGACAGUUUUCGGGCACCUGUUUGCAUCUGCAUGCAUCCGUUUAGACCAUGAGCUCGCUUUAAGAGGGGCUUGGCAGCACGAGGGGACAGACCCCCCGUUGCAGUCCCCGCGCCACACACCCAUGCACUUAACCAACCACCGUAGGCUGCAGGUGUCCCUACAGAACUCGCGGGGCCUCUCCAGGGCCCUGCACCACCUCCACGGCGCCUCCAGCAGAGAGUCAGGGCUGGCGGGUGAUAGGUCUGGCGGGUCGAAUUGUGAGAGCCGGCAGUCGCAGGCAUCGCGGGAGUCUGUUUUGACACCGGUGGAGGCGCACAGGGGGGCGACUAGCUCACCAGUCAGGUCGUUGCUUGCCCCGGAAGACACAGUCAGUUGUCCCACAUCCGGAGUCGUCUCGGGGGGCACCACCCCGCGAUCGACGGGGGGCCACAGCUGCCCGUGCCCCCAGCAGGGACCGCCUGGUUCUACAGAGAGCCCUCGGGACCCGCAACCGCAGCGGCCAUGUGGGGAAGAGCCCUCCGACACCUUGCUGCACCGACGUGCGCAGCUGUGCUUUGGGGAGGCUCUGAAAGAGGUCAGGAUUGCGGUGGAUGCCGUGCUGUGUGACGGGGAUGUGGAGACAGUCUCAGACCUGCAUGCCAUUUGCCGAGGCUGCUGGGCGUAG